AUGGAAAAACAGGUCAUCGAAAGUACCCGGCUUGAGGCUGGCCCUGGGGUGUUGGGCUCCCAUGUACACAGCAGUUUGAACCGCGAUGAGCAAGAAAUGGCAUUUUUCGGAAAGACGCAGCAAUUGAAGGUUAAUAACGCCAGAGAAGCUUACGGUGCAUUUUCACUGAUAUAUCUUAGCGAAAUUUCGGAUUCUUGUCCAUCGCCGGGUUUGUUUGCAGUCUGCUCUCCACCUGGGAAGGGUUAUUUGGGUAUGUUUUCUUCUCGAUUUCUUCUUGUGAGGUAAUCUUACUGACGCUGGACGUAGCGUUGGGUCAAUAGAAUAUUUUGUCAAGUAAGUAAAGAGAUAAAUAUGUUGAAAAUAUUCAACAUCGACAUGCAACUCCCCCCAUUCUCCACUUAUGACAUAGCACUCUGUACACCAACAGCCUCGGCUAAGUAUCUACCAACCGAGACUCUACAAUAACAUCUUGCUGCACUAUGUACAG